AAGCUAAAAAUUUUACAAGCUCACAGCUGUUUUAAGCCGCCCACACUUUUUGUAUCAGCAGCCGACGCCGUUAAUUAUGGUCGACUCAGGUUUUUUUCUGCCGACCACGACAUACUAAAAAAAAUGAACAAAAUGAAAAAGCCCAAAUCUCUAAGGCCACCUAUGCCAAUUGUUACGCCUACCGUCAAAUCUAAUAACACCGAUACUGAUUCACAAUUUGAGUUGGAACUUUGCUGGUGUGUUCACCAGCUAGAGAAUGCUUUAAAUUCUGGAAAAUUAUCACAAAAAGUGGCUGAAGAUACUAUUAAGAAUUUAAAAGUUCUUAAAGGUAAUAGUGCUCCUUUGAUUAAAAAACGACAGGUUAUGAAGGCUGCUUUGGGCGAUUACCGUGCUAAGAUGAAAGAGGAGGAAAAGAAAAUGAGCUUAGCUCCUAAACAAAUCAAAUUUACAAAUUCUGCUGAAGUAAAUAAAAAAUCUAGUUUUGUGAAAAAAUCUGCCAUCUUAACAUCGGGUAAAGAUUUUAAAUUCAAUUUCAAUCCUAGCAAUGCAGUAGAAAAUCAAACACAAGAAUCGGAACAACAAUCUAAGGAAACAACAGAUGCUAUGAACUUUAAAACAACAAAUUUACAAUUGACUUCUGGUAGUGGGUUUAAGUUUAAUUUUGCCAUAGAUGAAGUUAAUAAUGAAAUUAAAUUUGAUGAAUUAUCUAUAAAAUAAAAUUGCAAAAACAAAGUU